GCUGUGCAUGCUAUGUUUCAUUAUGGAACGAGCCGAAAGCAGAUGUUGGCAUUAAUGUGUAUCAGUUUCUCUAGCUCUUUUUCUAUAAUUCUGAAAAUGUACAGAUAGGUUGGCAAUGGAUAGUUUUAUCAUAUUUUUUUACAGCACAAAUUGUUUACGUUUUCCUUGGCACCGCUUCCAUCUGAAUUUGUGUCCCAAGUUGCUAUGAUUUCUGGUUAAUUUUUACGAUCAUACUUAUUUCAUCAAGUAUCUGUAGAGCGGAAAUUUCACAUGAAAAUACGUACUGUAUGUUUUUUCCAGGCUUGAAAUUUAGCCAUGAAUUCCUAUUUUAGCUGCGGCGCCCGGCGCGGUCAGUUCAAUCUUGGUAACACCGUCCUGGUGAAUUUAACCAGCGUCGACGAAUUUGUUCUGGGAUAUCUACAGGAUAUCAAUGCCGACCAGGUUUUUGUUGAUUUCGACAGCGAGCGCACAGCACCACGGUGGAUCCCUAUGCAGCAUGUGUGGCAUCAUGACAAACCCGGUAUAUCAUACGGAACUCCCUGUAACGUCUGUGUGGCCAUCCGCCGGGAAGCUGGUGAACCGUAUGUCGUCGGCCUGGCAAAACUGCUCUGCAACUGCAGUUACGAGAACCAGUUUCUUUGUUGCGUUGCUGAGCAUGUUUCAUGCAGUACCGAGAAGUAUAUUGCUCAUAUCGUGCACUCCUGGCAGCUUGUUCGCCAGCUUCCCAAAAAAUCGACAAACUGACAGAAUUUGCCGUUUUCCCAUGCAAAAGGUGGUGUAUCGUUCCGCGAAGCUGCGUGCUCUAGGUGAUAUCCAAGAGUGGCAUAUUGAACGGGUACUCGAUGUGGGAUUUCGCCAUGGAAGGAGGCCGUUGGAACAGGGGCGGGAUCGUGUAUUUGUACGGAUUAGGGAAGACGAAAUAAUGUUUCUUAAUAUGCGCAUACAGUGCGGUUGCCCUCCCGUCCGGGGCUACACUUGCGGGCAGUCUCCCUGCUGGUUGACAGCCACCACGAGGAAGGUUGCCAACGGGAUCGAGAAGUAUCUUUUCGAGGCUUGCGGUCGGGCAGAGCUUCCGCUCUAUAACUGCCAGCAAUCAGACGUAAUGGUUUUGCCGCCGUUUGCUUCAGAAGAAACCGAAGUGAUGCUUCCCGAUCUACCAUCUGAAAUCCUUUCUAGAGUCGUGUUUUAUUUGGACACCGUUUCGCAGGCAAAAGCAAUGCGAGUUUGCGAGCUCUGGAACGUUUUACUUCGCGACCAGACAUUGCCCGGUGUCGUUAUUAUCGAUUUCUGCGCAUUACGUCCGCAGUUACAACAGCGCGCGGAAACGGAAGGGUAUGGCCUCGGACGGCUGCUCCAUCGGAUCGUCAACACCAACACAAAAAUUCUAGCAUUAAUCAACAUGAGUUACCGGGCGGAUAGCAUUGACCCCGUUAUUUCGCUCAUUGCCGAUAUUUUAGUCCUUAUGAGUAUCAGAAUUCCCUUAAUUAUUGUCAAAAACUGCUGGGCCCCUAUCAAAAGCCAUCUGUCAGUGUAUUUCAUGAAAGGUACCCUCUGGAUAAUUCCGAUUGGCGACAGAUUAAUUUUCCACUAUUUCUCCUAAAGAAGGUCUGUCGUCGUAUCAUAGUGUUGAAUGCGGUGGUCGGUUGCGGUGCAUGGGAAAAUGCGUUAUUUCCAUGUCGAAGGCGAAAGAGCGAUACACCGAUGCAGCGUGACAGCCUAAUCAUUGCUAUACCGAGGCUGGAGUUUGAUCAAAACGAUAGCGAUGCCGACAACAUUGUGCAGCUGAAGCAAGCUAUGGAACGCAACUGCCCAUCGGUUGAUCAGUCCGUUAGGAAUCAAAUCAAGGCAUUACAUACCGGUUGGGUCAAACACUUCGCCUAUCCUGGUGAUGGGUGGGAAGGACUGCGGCGCCUUGUUUGCAUGUACCUUUGGAACAUGCGAAGCAGCGGACCGUGCUCAGUUUUCCGAUUGGUUGGAUCGGCACAAUCAUACGAUAUAUUAUAACCACUUUGAUUUGAAGGAUUUCGACAGACUACCCAUUGGAAACGUAAUACUGACGAUACUUGCCCGCACCAACAUUCCGUCUUUUCAACGCAAUGGCACCGAUUCUCUUCUUUCUUUUGGAAUUCAUUCGGUUGAAUCUUUUCCUUUGGAGUUUAAUCAGUGUCAAUUCAAUCGAUCUGACCAGUAAGCACUUUGACACAACUUUUACUGGGACAUUUCGGCAUAGUACUGCGCUGGGAAGUUCUUUGGACGCGAUGAUGUUUGGAAGAACGGUCUCUCGCGGCUUGUAGCCAAAGUUAAUUUUCUUGAGCUGUUGAUGUGCUGCACGAACGCCGAUUUAUGGUCCUGGAAGCCGCAAGAAUAUUUAGAACUGUUCACAGGGAAAAUACCGCUUGAUCGGUCCGUUUGGCACCACACCAAGACACUCCAUGCCGGUUGGGUUAAACGGAUCCCCUUUCCUGGUGAUAAGUGGCACGGAUUCCGGCGCCUUAUUGAAGUGUACAUUUUUUGGUGCUUAAUCUGCACAGCUUCAUAGUUACCCUAAAGGACGGUCUAUUGAUUAAGACGAGGGAGACGGCAUUGUGCAGCUGAAGCAGCGUCACUGUCCACCGGAUGGUCCGUCCGUUAAGAACCAAACGACAAACGAGCUGCACACCAGUUAGGUGAAACAGUUCUCCUAUUCCGGAAAUGGAGGGAACGAAUUGCGGCAACUUUUCCAACUGUACAUCUCUGGUGACUGGCAUCAUCCGCCUUUCGCUCAAGAUCGCUCUGCCACCUGCAAAACCAUUUACAUAUAUUGUCAGAUUGUGCAAACCCAAUAAAAAUCCGAAUUUCUCGAUGUGCGCCUUACGUUUACCGCCGGUAAAUCGUCCAGCUCCAGUAUAUACGCAACUCUUUGUUAUUUUUGCAGAUUUGGUGAGUGGGAUGCAAAGAAUCCGAAUAGUUUUGGCUAUGCGAUGGAUUUAAAGAAUUUCGAAAGCAUGCCCAUCGUAAUUUGAUCCAUAUUCAUGAAGUUCAAUUACUUUAUCAUGUUGAUUGCUCGCAUGCCACCAAACCCCAUUGAAUCAGUGAGCCAAAUAAUCUUUCCAUCUGUUUUCAUAACUCAAGUUUUGGCCUUUGUACUGUUUGUAUGACACAGCUCCGCACAUUCCCAACCUAACGGCGUUAGCAGAUUUUGCUUUUAUCAGGUUGGCUCUGUGGAAAGGUUACAAAGUUUCUAAUUGUAAUGUUGGUUAAUUAUUUUUUUGCAAUAUUAUAGAUGGUGGAUGUAGCGUGUCCAGCGCAAAGCGCACUGUAUUAGCA